UUACUAACAACUGGAAUGGUGGUAUUAUACUGGGUAGUUUUCAGUUAAUAUAAAAUCGAAUUUAAUUUUGUAAUAAACGUAUAAAAUCAUAUUGUUUUUCAUUAUAAUAACAAUUUUUAAACAUUUUUAAAUGGCCAAAAGUCUUCCACCCAUGGCCCAAAAUAUUAAAAUAUUUCGAUUGGUCUAUAAUUGGCGCCAAAUAGUGACAUAUGCAAAUUGCAUGUCAAAAACUUUUUAACGUGCGGUAGAUGUAGGAAAUUAUUUGUUUUGUUAAUGUAUUUCAUAAUUAUAAGAACUUAAGAAGAGAAUAUAAAUAAAAUACCGUAAUGGCGAGAACGAAAGCUUCUGUUGGUGCAAAAGUAUCAUCUGGUAAAAGCAGCAAAGCAAGAUGUUGUGCUGCCCCUCCAUCAAACAGUAUUGGAGCCUCAGGUGGCGGUGAUAGAUCAUCUAGGGGUCUUUCAGGUGGUAACCCUGUAUGCCCUAGGGAGACACCGAUAUGGCAACGACCUAUCACCAACUUUAUCGUCACCAACAAAGCUGAUAGUGAUAGUGAUACUCCAAGAAGCAGCCAACAGAAUAACAGUACAAAAGAUGACGAAGUCGAAAAUUCUAAAAACAUGGAUUCCGACGAGGAAAUAAUAAAAACCAAACCGAAACGAAAUAAAAUAUUAUCAGACGACGAGGAAGAAAUACCUAAAAAUACAGAAUUAGAGGAAUCAUUAGUUUUAGAACCAUUAACAGGUGAAAAUAGUCACAAAAUAGAUGAAUAUUACCAAAAAAAUAACAAAGGUAAGGGAAAAGGGAAGAAAACUAAAGAAAAUACAGAUGAAAUAAAAAGAAAUUUAAAACGAGAUUUAGAAGACAUUACAUUCGGUGAAGAAAGUGAACAUAGUAAUAAAAAAGCUAAAAUUGAAUAAUGGUUCUCAAGACAGUUUAUGUUGAACAUAACAUCUCCGAGAAGAAUUGAAGAAUAAAAAACUACAUUAUUUUGUUAUUUGAUUACUACUAAAUUAAAGUAUAAAAAAAAAACUAAAAAAAAAAUACGGCUGGUCUGAAGAUUUAAGUGUUUUAAGUAAUAUUGAAGUGACGUGUGAUAAAAAGUACAAAAUAAGUGUUGAUUUUAAUGUUUUUAGACUUUUUUAUAAAUAAAUGUCGACUCCCUAUUGUUUUAUUUAAUCUACCCUUAGUAAUAUGACUAGCUAUUCCCAUGCGGCUUCAUCCGCAAUGUCUACAUUUGCAAAUUCUAAUCCUUAAGACAACGAAUGCCUACGAUAACAAUUUCCGUUAAUACUUUGCUAUUUCUUGUAGUUUUUGUCCCUUUCUCGCAUUAUUUUUCCCCAAUUUAUUCACCUAAAUUAGAUAGUGUGAAAAUACAUAGCUUGUGACACUUGACGUAAUAAGGAGGGCACUAGUGAGCUAUUUGUGACAUCACCUUCAGUUAGAUAUAGCAUUUUUUUUUAAUUAUAAUUAGUAGAUUUGUGCUAAUUUAACUAGUAAUUUUUCCUUUAAACAAUCCAACUAAGCUCUAGUCUUGUGCUAGGAUAUGGUCGAAGGAUUCGAACUCUCGACCGCAAGAUCGGUAGUCCGUACCCAAUACAUUGGGCUAUUAGCGCUUGUACUAAAGAUCGAUCUUUAGAAAGUCAUACUAUACUUUAUCUCUACGUCACGAAAUAUCUUAGAGCGUUUUAGAUAAGAUAAUCUCAUACUGGACUUACGUAGCACAAUGGGGGGCGAAAUGUAUACUUAUACUAAUAUAAUAAAGCGUAAACACUUAUGUAGGAUGUGCGCAAUCACAGCGUGUUUUUAAAUUAUUACUUUCAUAAAAAGUCCUACUAGACUACAUAUUUUCACGACAUAUAUGUAUAUACG